AUGGAAGAUAAGGUUCAACAAUUAAAUACAAUUUUAGACAACAUUGGCUGAGGAAGAUAUUCAACUUUUAAUUUUUUUGUUUGUGGAGGUGCUUGAUUAACACUAAAUUACUUGAAUAUUUCAAUAUCGUUUUUAAUGAGAACAGCUCAAAAUGAAUGAAAUCUUGAAUCAUACCAAGUUGGACUUAUAAACGCAACCCAUAUGCUAGGUAUUUGUAUUGGAUCAAUAUUAUUUGGAUUUAUAGGUGAUCGGUAUGGGAGGGUUUUUUCAUUUAUAGCUUAAGGGUAAUUAUGGACUGUCCUGAGUUAAAAAUCCUCGGAAAUCGCUGGUUUUAUAUAAGGCAUUUGUCAGCUCUCUGUAAUAAUUGGUCAGCUUUUACGGGUAGGAUUUGUCCACAAUUUUCCCAAUUCAUAAUCAUUCCUAUGCUAUAAAAUUUCUGGGUUAUUAAGCAUCGCAGGUUCCGUGAUUUUAGCAUUUUCGCCAAAUUAUGAAACAGCUGUUCCACUAAUACUUAUAGCAGGAAUGGGAGGGGGUGGCGAAAUCACAGCUGGUGGACCUACUUAUAUAUAGCCCCUGAAAUAUUUUAGAUCAUUAUUGGCCAUCCAUUUUAAUUUCCAAAAUUAAUUUGUACUUGUCAGCUUUUUUGAAAAGUAAAAAACAAAAUUGACAAAUCUCCGUUUAUGGUUUUAAGGUACCUAAUCAGACUUAUACUGUAUAAGGUAGGUGCCCUGUACAUAUUUUUUCUGGUCGGUAUUCUGCUGGGGUAUAGAGAUCUAUUAAGAUGCAUGAGCUAUAGAAGCUUGCCCACCUAAAAAAAGGUGGACUUUAGUUUUAAUUUCCACUUGCUGAGUUAUUGGCGCUAUGUUUGCUGCUUUUAUAGCAUUAGUUUUUGAGCUAUCUAAUAGUUUUCAAGUAUGAAGAGGGGUUUAUCUUGUAGGAGCAAUAAUAGAAUUUCUUUGGUGGAUUCCCAGAUUGUUUUUAUAUGAAUCCACUAGGUUUUUGCUAAUACAUAAUAAGAUUGAGGAAUGCGAAAAUGUGCUAAUUUCCCCCUUUAAAUUGGAACAAAAAAUAUUAUUUUAAUUCAAAGGGUAUAAUUUUUUUAAAAUAUAAAUUUAAUGCAAUAUAUUUGAAUUUUAUCAUUUUUAUAAAGAUUCAUCAAAGAAUAAUUAAUUCAGCACAAAAAAAAUAUUCUAUUGCACUCUUUUUAUUAAAUUAGAUCAAAACUUAUUUUUAAAGGGGCUAAUUUAACUUAAUAUUGAAAAAUUUAUUGAUGUUUUUAUUAUUCAAAAGAGGGAAUAAGGUGAAAAUAA